UGGGCGGAAACGAUGCUAAAAACAUUAGCGACUCUCGGGCUUUCUGUGAGUGUUUUCACUCGAACUUUGUAGAAGACUCAGGAUAAAACCAGGCGCCUGGACCCUCAGACAUCCCCUCACGCCGCGGGGGACGAUUACACACCCGUGAACACGUAUUCAUUAUCAAGUGUUCAGGGGGUUUUGCUUAGCUAGCUAGCUGUUUGGAUCUCCCAGUGCAGGUCAUCCAAAAUGGAUGACAGUAAGCAGAUUGUCGGUGGAAAGGUGAAGAAACCAGGGAAACGCGGUCGAAAGCCCGCCAAGAUCGACCUGAAGGCGAAGUUGGAGCGGAGCAGGCAGAGUGCGCGAGAGUGUCGAGCCAGAAAGAAGCUGCGCUACCAGUACCUGGAGGAGCUGGUGUCCAGUAAAGAAAGAGCUAUCUGCGCCCUGAGAGAAGAACUGGAGAUGUACAAGCAGUGGUGUAUCGCCAUGGACCAGGGAAAAAUCCCAUCGGAAAUCAAAGCUCUUCUAACAGGAGAUGAUCAGAAAGGCUCACAAAGCAGCAGCGCCACCAAAAUACCCAAAAAUGGCAAAUACAACUCCUCAGGCAUCAGCCAGAGCAAGAUGACUUAGAAGAAGAAGCUUCUCUUUAAAGACAGUCCAGACUCGCUCCGGAUACCGAAGAGGGGCGAUCGAUAGAGCUAUGUAGACUGGUGUAUAUGAAGGAUGGAAGGACAGUGCAGAAGUCCCUCUCUUUUUUUUUUUUUUUAUGUUAAGGAACACUAAGUCACAUCCACAGUGCUGUGUUUUUUCUUUAUUCUUGUCUCAGAUCAGAUUUAGAAAGAAGUGAAAGCCGACAGUGAGGCAAGAUGUGAAUUCUUGCAGAUUCAAGAAAGUCAGAAAACAAAUUGUGCAAGACAGCAACACGCAUCAACCUCCAAAGGACUCGCGAGACGUGCGCACACACACAGGGUGCGGCAGGAAAGUUUAAGCUCUAAGCACUUUAAAGAAUUUUUGAAGAUUUGCAUAGCACUGGGUUAAAGCUCUUUGUUCUUGUCGAUGUUGCGGAGUCAAACCUGUUUUGAUUCAGAUGUAUUUAUUCCUUAAUGAAACGUAGCGCACUUUCCUUCUUUUUUUUUUUUCUUUGUUCCUCCACAACUGUAAAAUGUGGAUUCAGCUUUUGUUUUUAGUCACUAUAACUCUGGUUAAGAGUCGUCUAGCUUCUGUUUUAAGAAACGCAGUUCUGUUCGUAUUACUUUGACUUGUUCACUUAUAUCUGCCUUGACUCGCCGUCUCUCUUAUUUCUCUCUCUCUCUCUUUCACACACUCGUGGAGAUUCGGAAUCAGUACUCAAUAGGAUGCUGGGAAAUCAUGUUCAGCUUCUUAACUUUUAGAUUAAUAAAACAUGCACACGAACACCACUGGACAGUCCACUUAAAAAAGAAAAAAAAAAGUCAAGAAAGAAUUAUUUGUACGAAAACCAAAAUCAAGUUUAAGGCGCUAAUCGGACGUGUUGCUAAACAAACAGUAUUUUGUACAAUAUGACUAAUUUGAAUUGAAUGAUGUUUAUAUUUAUGUAGACCUCACAAACAAAUCAACAGUAAAUACGUAAGUAACGACUCACUAAUGAAUAACGUACUGUCGGACAGUGAUGCGUUUGUGGUUCCUCAUUUCCUGCCUGUCCGUUUCCAAUAAUUAUGAUGUUAUUAUUUUGCACAGAAAUAUAUGGAUAUUUUUAUAUUUAUGUAUAAAGUAUGUAUAGAACCUGUUGGCAGAAGCUGAAAUUAUUUGUCUAUGUAACAAAAAAAAAGAUAUAUAAUAAAGAUGUGCAAUUGCUUAGCGUAAAAUAA